CACAGCAUAGCAACCGUCCAUCGCCAUGGGAUGAAUAUGGCCACGAUCAAGGCCAUUGAGGCCCGUUCGAUACACCAAAUCCAAUCCGGACAGGUAAUCGUUGACCUAUGCUCAGUGGUUAAAGAGCUUGUGGAGAAUAGCCUCGAUGCUGGCGCAACGUCAAUUGAUAUCCGAUUCAAAAACAAUGGUUUGGACCUCAUCGAAGUUCAGGACAAUGGACACGGCAUUCCGCCCAAUAACUACGAAGGCGUUGCUUUGAAACAUCAUACUUCCAAGCUCUCCACGUUCGAAGAUUUAUCAUCCCUUCAAACCUUUGGGUUUCGCGGCGAGGCUCUCUCGUCGCUUUGCGCGCUUUCCGACUUCCAUAUUGUUACCGCUCAGGCAAAUCAAGCGCCCAAAGCUACACGCUUAGAUUUUGAGGUUUCUGGCAAACUGAAAAACACUCAAGUAGUGGCUGGUCAAAGGGGCACCGUUGCCUCCGUCGAGGGUCUCUUCCAACGGCUCCCUGUUCGGCGACGAGAGUUGGAGAAAAAUAUUAAGAGGGAAUAUGGCAAAGUUCUAGGCCUUUUACAUGCUUAUGCAUGCAUCAGCACUGGAGUUCGUUUCAACGUUAAGAACCAGAUGCCCAAAGGGAAAAGCGUGGUGGUAUUCGCGACGAAGUCAAACCCCACGACAAAGGAAAAUAUUUCAAAUGUGUAUGGAGCAAAAACAUUGCUUGCUCUGAUACCGCUAGAUUUGGAAUUGGAAUUCGAGCCUAGCGCGGAAUCAAAGACCUCGCGCAGACAACAAGAUGGGCUGGUGAAUAAGAUAUUCGUGCAUGGUUAUAUAUCCAAGCCCGUGUUCGGCGAAGGGAGACAAACUCCCGAUCGCCAAAUGUUCUUCGUGAACUCUCGUCCAUGUGGCUUGCCGCAGAUUGCGAGGGCUUUUAAUGAAGUCUACAGGUCGUUUAAUAUCUCCCAGUCACCGUUUAUAUUUGCCAAUUUUGAGAUGAACACUAAUGCUUACGAUGUUAAUGUCUCGCCGGACAAACGCACGAUAUUGUUGCAUGAUGCUGGUGCUCUUAUCGAAUCUUUAAAGACAUCGUUGACGGAAUUGUUUGAAGGUCAGGACCAAACUGUGCCUCAGUCCCAGCUCGCGGUGCCAAGGCAAAGUACGAUGAAGCAGUUGGUAAAUAAGAAUGCUCCUUCUAUUGCAGCUGCGCCGAGCAAUUCAUUGCCAACGACCCAACGUUCAGAAGAGGCUAUUGGAGUAGACAAGGAAGUUCAGGAAUCUGACCACGAGUUCGAUGAGCAGCGAACGUCGCUAAGUGCCUCUCCUGAGCCCGCACCGCAGGGGACUGGAGGUACCUGCUCUUCAACCCAAACAUCCGUGGAUGUCAGCGAACUAUCUGCGCCCCCCUCUACCUCACAGACCCAAGCCCAGGAGCCCGACAGAUCAAGUCAGGUAUCUCCUCUUCCUAGUCAGGAGAGGAACUUGAUAUCCGGCCACAGCACCCCCCAAAGCUCGCCUAACAUGAUUAAGUCGGCGUUCGACAGAAUGCGUCCUACAAGGCCACCGGCAGAGAUUGCGACCAUUACAAUUGGGGGCAAAACGACUAUAUCCACCAUCGGAUAUGCUUCCGCGCAUAAACGCAAAGCCGGCCAAGAAGGGUAUGUAACAGCAGCACCGUCGACAAAGCGUCAGAUGCGAGGUACCACGUCAAGCAAGCUAGGACAAUCUUUAAGUUCCUUUGCUGCUCCAGGCACCCAGAUUGAAGAUCACCAGCAAGAAGGGGAAGAAGAAGGGCCCAGUGAAGCAGAAGAGGACAAGCACGAGGAGGAAGAACCAUUGGCCAAAUUGACACACAGCAAAUUUGAAGCAAGUGAUUAUGAAGAGCAAGUUGAAUCUAGUGACGAUGAUCACGCCCCAGAAGAGGAUAUCGAAGAGGAGGACGGCUCAACAUCAUAUUCAGAUGAAAGUUAUAUUGACGAUCAAGAAAAAGAAGCAAGGGACGAGCAAAAAGUGGCUGAAUUGAUUCAAGCUGCAGAAGAGACGGCUAAUGUCCCCUCAGAAAAUAAUCUCGAGCGAGCGCACAAAAUGUCUAAGCGGUCCCGCGGAAGGGAUUCAACCGUUGAGUUAAUGUGCUCAGUAGACGGUUCACUUGCAAAAAUCGAGGCACAACUGAAAUUACUCCAAGAAAAUCUCGAGUCCCUGAAGAAUUACAAAGCUUCAGAGGAACCUAUUUCCGAAGAAGCUUCAGAGCAGCAGGAUUCAGCGGAAACAAGGCUAUCUCUAACAGUCUCAAAAGACGAUUUUGCUAAGAUGCGGGUUGUUGGACAAUUUAACCUCGGGUUUAUCUUAGCUAUCAGGCCCGGAACUGAUAGCACCGACUUCCAAGAUAAUCCGACAAAAGACGAACUAUUUAUAAUCGACCAACACGCCUCCGAUGAGAAGUAUAACUUUGAACGGCUACAAGCUGAGACCGUGGUUCAAAACCAGCGCCUCGUCAGACCUAAAACGCUCGAUCUCACCGCCGUUGAGGAAGAAGUUAUCAUCGAUAAUAUUCCAACCUUAGAAAAGAACGGCUUCAUCGUCGAUAUCGACACGAGCGGUGACGAGCCUAUUGGACGAAGAUGUAAACUAAUCAGCCUUCCUCUGAGCAAAGAGGUUGUGUUCAACACACGAGAUUUGGAAGAAUUAAUUGUUUUACUAUCCGAGUCGCCACAGCACCACCGUGCGCCCCAAGGCGAUGGUGAUGUUGAUCCUGCAUCGUCAUCGUCGCAGUUUACAAAUCUCUACGUCCCACGGCCUGGCAAGGUGCGCAAGAUGUUUGCCAUGCGCGCAUGUCGAUCCAGUAUAAUGAUUGGAAAAUCCCUCACUGUUAAACAAAUGGAGAGGGUUGUUCGGCACAUGGGAAUGAUUGAUAAACCGUGGAAUUGCCCACAUGGUAGGCCGACGAUGAGACACUUGAUGAGCUUGGGUCGGUGGAAUGGGUGGGAGGAGUGGCCUGAGAUUGAAAUUACCGAUGAUGAAGAAGGACAUUAUGAUGAGAGCGAAGGCUGGAGUGCCUGUGAACAGGGAAGCGGGGUUUGGAAGCGGUUCCUAGAGGACUAUGGUACUAUAGAUGAUUAA